CAAUCAAAGCUUCAAAAAAACACGAAAAACGGGACCUUUAACAGCGUAAACAGAGUCUCUUGCUUACCAGGAAGUGUUUCGAGUCUCGCCGCCAUCUGCUGACUAAAAUAAAUACAAUCCACAACAUCAGCACAAUCUCAUAGUGAUUUUUAAUAUAAUCAAUCAAACGCAUUUGCGUAAAACACGUUAUUACAGGCAUAUAAACUCACCAGGAGUCGAGCUGGAGCUGCUGUUCAAGCUUUCGUUUCCACGACAUCAUCUUCUUCCCUUGAUCAAUUUCAUUAGAUAAUUAUUUAUAACGAAGCAGAUGUUCACAGCACAUGAGAUGUGCAAAUACUGAGAAUCUUUAAUUUUCUAUUUUGAUAGCACUUUGACAUUUGUCUGCUGAGGAAGUCAUAAAUCUGUAACUAAUUUAUAGCUUCCACUGGGGGGCGCAGGCGAGUUUCGUGCUCGUUUCAUCAUCACGUGACUCACUUUUAUACUUUCGGUUUUGUUGGUGGUGAACAGAAAAUGGCGAAGAGUACAGUUUUGAGAGAGAAGGAUGCUGCAGACCAAGAAGAGAUGGAAGGACUGAUACAGGAGAUUGCUAAAGAAAGUUUGCACUUAAAAUUGGAUCAGAGGAUUGUGCUGUUGGGUAGAACUGGAUCAGGAAAGAGUUCAACAGGAAACACCAUCAUUGGCAACUUUGAGUUUAAACAUGGUAUUUCCUCUAAGUCUGUUACUAGAAGUUGUCAAAGACAUGUGACAACAGUGGAGGAUAAAGUCAUCUCAGUGAUCGACACUCCAGGACUGUAUGACACAUCAAUGAGUGAAGAAGAGCUGAAGAAAGAGAUCGAGAAGUGCAUCUACAUGUCUGCUCCUGGCCCUCAUGUGUUUCUGCUGGUCAUCAGACUGGGUGUGAGAUUCACAGAAGAAGAGAAGAAAACAGUGAAAUGGAUUCAGGAAAACUUUGGAAAAGAAGCUUCUCAUCACACCAUCAUUCUGUUCACUCACGCUGAUUAUCUGAAGGGGAUUUCAUUAGAUAAAUACAUCAGUGAAAGUAAUGAUCUCAAGGCUCUUAUUGAUGAGUGCAGUGGCAGAUUUCACUCAUUCAACAAUGAAGACAUGAUUAAUCGCUCUCAGGUCACAGAACUGCUGCAGAAGAUUGAUAAAAUGGUGAAGAUCAAUGGAGGACAGCACUAUACUAAUGAUAUAUUUAAAAAAGCCCAGAGAAAGAUUGAACAAGAGGCUUUAAAACAAAAACUGAUGGACUAUGGGCAAACAGCUCUAACAGCAAUAGGAGGAGUAGCAGUAGCAGGAGUAGCAGCAGUAGUAGGAAUAGCACUAGCAAAAGGAAAAUAAGGCCCAUGCUUAAUCUGAUUGAACAACAAAGGCCAGAUCUUCAUACACUAAUUUCUAAUUUAGUUAUCUAAAAGAUUUAAUGAGAAUUUUAAGAUUGCCAUGUUAAGUAUAUACUACAUUGUAUGUAUAUUGAUUAUUUCAUCUGUUGAAUUGUGAUUGUAAAAACCUGGAACUAUCUAUCAUAUUCUUCCUAAACAAAAAUGCUAUUUUAUAGAGUCUAAUUUCUAGGAAACUCUCUACUAAGACAGCUCUCGACCUGUGGUAAGAUGAGAAGUUUCUUGUUUGUGUAACAUGGACUUAAUAAAUCCUUAUC